AUGUUUGUUAUUGUUACAUGGGUCGCAGUACUUGUGACCAUUUCAUAUCUUGCACUUAUAUUUCCAAGACUGCUACAGGAGUGGAAGCUCUACUCCCACCGAUCACAUCUCCCACCCGGCCCUAAAGUCAUCAAAACAGGCAUUCGAAAACCAUGGCUUUGGUUCCAAGAGCUGAGCCAAGAGUACGGCGACGUUGUCUACCUCCAACUCGGUCCAACACCAACCAUCAUCCUAGGCUCUGCACAAGCAGCAUGGGACCUCCUCGAGAAGAAGGGCGCCAUCUUCUCUUCGCGCCCACGCUUCAUCAUGGGCGGUGAACUGCUCUCCGGUGGCAUGAGAGGACUGAUGGCGCCGUACUCAUCUUAUUGGAGACGUUGGAGGAAGCUCCUACACAGUGGUUUUAUGCAGCGGCAGAGCGAGACCUACCGGCCGAUCCAGAAUCUCGAGUCCAAGGUUCUCAUGCACGAGCUCCUCACAGACCCGGAAAACUAUCGAAGGCAUCUAGAGAGAUAUGCGGCGUCGGUCAUUAUAACCGUCACCUACGGCCGGAGGGUCGAGGACGUUACAACCGACAUUGUUGUACAGCGCAAUGCCGAGUCCAUGGGACGUCUGACUUCCGUCAAUAUUCCGGGAAAGUUUGCAGUGGAGCGAUAUCCAGCACUAAAGUAUAUCCCCAGCUUUCUGGCUCCUUGGAAAGCCGAAGUCCUAAGACAAAGACGGAAGGAUAUCGAGUUGUACACUAAGCUCAUGGACGAAGUUCGAGAUAAAGUUGCUAGAGGCGUCUCAUCUGAGUGCUUUGCCAAACAUCUCUUGCAAGAGCAAGCCAGCUUGGGUAUGUCGGAUUUAGAAAUCGCCUACACCGCGGGGUCACCCUUCGGGGCCGGCGUAGAAACUUCGGCCGGAUCUCUCGCAAGCUUCCUCAUGGCAUGCGUAAAAUUUGGACCUUCCUUCAUCCCGCGAGCCCGGGAGGAGCUCGACCGAAUCGUUGGAAAUAGUCGACUUCCCACAUUUGAAGACCUAGACAAACUCGAGUAUAUCCGAGCCGUGGCGUCCGAAACGCUAAGAUGGCGACCUGUUGCUGUCCUCGGGGGCACACCGCAUGCUAGUACUGCCGACUAUGUGUACAAGGGAAUGUUUAUACCAAAGGGGAGCACCAUCAUCGCACCGUUGUGGAGCAUCCACCUCAACAAGGCAGAUUUUCCAGAACCACACGUGUUUAAACCCGAAAGGUUCCUAGAAAACCGCGAGUAUGCCGGCACAUUCGGCCACAGCGCAUUCGGCUGGGGUCGGCGCAUCUGUCCUGGGAUGCACCUCGGAUCCGCGUCGGUGGCAAUCAACAUCGCGCGCAUUCUUUGGGGCUUCGACAUAAGCCCGGGUAAGGAUGAAAAGGGCAGAGAUAUUGACGUAGACAUCUUCUCAUAUUCAGACGGCUUCAACUCAAGCCCUCUGCCCUUUCCUUGCUCCAUUGCGCCUCGAUCUUCGGACCAUGCUAGGAUAAUAAAAAGCGAGCACGAAAGCGCGUUCCAGGAGCUAAAGGCGUAUACCGCCAUCGCCAGCAAAGUUUCUUAG